AGGUCUUCCAUCUGCUGGUUCACUCCCCAAUGUGGCCAGAGCUGCGCUGAUCCAAAGCCAGGAGCCAGGAGCUUCUUCCAGGUCUCCCACACAGGUGCAGGGGCCCAAGGACUUGGGCCAUCUUCCACUGCUUUCCCAGGCCAUAGCAGAGAGCUGGAUCUGAAGUGGGGCAGCCGGGACUCAAACCAGUGCCCAUAUGGAAUGCCGGCACUGCAGACAGCGGCUUUACCCACUACGCCACUGCGCUGGCCCCCCCACCUCCUCUUAUGUCCUGUUCUUACCUUACUCUUGAUUUCUCACCUCUUGGGGUAUGUGGAGAUGUUUUACUUUUAGUCCUUUCUUAUUACACAGUAUCAAGAUUUCUUCUGCCUUCUACCCCCAACCACGGGAGCAAAUAUAACAGAAGAGAGGAGAAUGCAGGAGAGGUCUAAAGCCCAGCUUCUGAAACAGUAGACCUGUUUGAUGCUGACUGUGGCACUGGCAUGCAGUGUCUUAGUGGCCAAGUGGUCCCUUCACACCCUUUUUCUUGUCUAAGAUGGGAUAAUUCUUCCUCCACAGGCUGUAAGUGCUAACAAUGUCAUCCCUGGUGAGCAGUAGGUGCUCAGUGUUUUCCUGAUUGACAGGCUGCUAUGAGGGUCUUAGCAGAUGCUUUUACUGAUACAUGGGGGGCUACCUUGUGAUGUUUUCCAUACAAGUUUAAUUUGAGCAUCACAACAGUCCUCUUAAAAAGUCCUUUUGUUUUGUUUUGCAUGUCGGGGAAUAAGCCCUGACUUUAUUAUUUAUGUCUUGUUAGCCACAGAAAAACUGGAGUGGGGGAGAGAAGUGGAACAAAAAUCCAGUGACCUGUUAGCUCUGUGUGUGUGCAGGUCUGGAAAGGUUUUGUGUCUCGACAGCGACCUCAGAGUGGAAGCCAAACACCUGAAUCCAGAUUGACAUCAAAACAUAAGCUCAGCUUCUUUCUUUUGUAGUCUUAAUGCUCUCCUGACAUCAAACUCUCAUUUGCAGUCCUGGGAUCUUUCACACACGUUUUUAAUUAAUUUUUUUUUAAUCUAAGGAAAUACUAAUGCUAACACUCCACCACCAACACCACUCUGCAGAUCAGGAAAAGGAUAGAGACAUUUCUGAGUUACUCCAUAAUAGGCGGCCAAGCGCAACAUUGAAACCCAUGCAGUUGGGUGCCGCGUUAGGAACGCAGUGCUACCUCGCCGGUGAGAGGGUCAGUGAUAGCAAAUAGGGCCUGCUCAAGUUGGGGUAUUGUUUAUUUGCGAGGCAAAAAGGAGGAGCGGUUCACUUGGUGCAGGAAUUUUUGGAGAGUCCGCGUUCUGGGGACCUGCCCUUGGGACUGGCGACCCGGGGAACUACAAGACCCACAAGGCUUCGCGCCUUCCUCUGCGGCUCUACCGAGGCUUGGACCGAUCAUUGGCUCUCCGUGUUCGGCUCGGUGGCAGGGAUUGGAGGGAGAGAGCCACGCUGCUUUGGGAUUGGUAAGAUUGCUGUCGGCCACGCCUCCAAAUUCCGGAAGUAGCCUCCGCGUGUAGGCCCCAUGCGCAGUGGAGAAGGCGAGUUUGGCAGAGUGGAAGUGUGGUGCGUGGGCCGCGGAUAGCCUGUGAUUCCACCUCCGUCCACGAAGUGACUCUGACUGUUUGAGGGCCCCGGAGCUGGCCGAGGGAAGUCCCCGCUGCAUCUCGCCACCCAGGCUGUUGCUUCAUGGAGACUACUUUCAGCAGCCCCGCGGAGGCGGCGCUGCAGCGGGAGGCGGGCGCCCCGGGAGUGCUCACUCCCAUCGCCGACCUCGACCGAGUCUACGAGCUGGAGCGAGUCGUGGGAUUUGUCCGCGACCUGGGGAGUCAGCGGGUGGCCUUGCAGUUCCCUGACCACCUCCUGGGGGACGCCGGGGCUGUGGCUGCACGACUGGAGGAGGCCACGGGGUCCAAGAUGUUCAUUCUGGGGGAUACGGCCUAUGGCAGCUGCUGCGUGGACGUGCUGGGUGCCGAGCAAGCUGGGGCUCAGGCCCUUGUACACUUUGGCCCUGCCUGCUUGAGCCCCCCAUCCCGCCCGCUGCCCAUCACCUUCGUCCUUGGUCAGCGUUCCGUGGCCUUGGAGCUCUGUGCCAAGGCUUUUGAAGCCCAGAACCCAGACCCCACAGUGCCCGUGGCACUGCUGAGUGAGCCGGCCUGCGCACACGCCAUGGAGGCCUUGGCCACUCUCCUGCGCCCACGCUACCUGGACCUGCUAGUUUCCAGCCCAGCUCUCCCCCUGCCAGCGGGGUCCCUCAGGCCAGAGCCAGAGCCCCUGGAGCGUUUUGGGCGCCGCUUCCCCCUGGCCCCAGGGAGGUGCCUGGAAGAGUAUGGGGCUUUCUACGUGGGAGGCUCUGAGGCCAGCUCUGACCCCGACCUUGAUCCGGACCUGAGCCGGCUGCUCUUGGGAUGGGCACCAGAGCGGCCCUUCUUCUCUUGCUGCCCAGACACAGGGCGGACUCAGGAUGAGGGUGCCCGGGCUGGGCGUCUGAGGGCACGAAGACGCUAUCUGGUAGAAAGAGCUCGAGAUGCCCGUGUGGUGGGGCUGCUGGCGGGCACGCUGGGUGUGGCCCGGCACCGUGAGGCCCUGGCACACCUUCAGAAGCUGACACAGGCUGCUGGCAAGCGUAGCUACGUGUUGGCCCUGGGGCGACCCACCCCUGCCAAGCUCGCCAACUUCCCUGAGAUGGACAUCUUUGUGCUGUUGGCCUGUCCCCUGGGUGCCCUGGCCCCCCAGCCUUCUGGUGGCUUCUUCCGGCCCGUCUUGGCACCCUGUGAGCUGGAGGCUGCCUGCAACCCUGCCUGGCCACCUCCAGGCCUGGCUCCCCACCUCACUCAUUACGCGGACUUACUGCCCGGCUCUCCCUUCCACGUGCCCCUCCCGCCACCUGAGUCUGAGUUGUGGGACACCCCAGAUGUGUCGCUCAUUUCUGGGGAGCUGCGGCCCCCACCUGCCUGGAAGUCACCCGAUGAGCCCGGAUGCUCGGCCCUGACCCCUCGGCCUCAGCUGGAGCUGGCCGAGAGCAGCCCUGCAGCCUCAUUCCUUAGUUCCCGGAGCUGGCAGGGGCUGGAGCCGCGCCUGGGUGAGACGCCAGUGACCGGAGCUGUGAGCGGAAGACGCGGGAUCGCCAUCGCUUACGAGGAUGAGGGAAGCAGCUGAUAGCACACGGGGCCAGAGAUGCACGUGGACCUGUGGAUCGCUGCGCGGGCCUUCAGCGCUCCCCGCAGCAGGUGCCUGUCGUCCUGCCUACAUCCUUGAAGAAGCCUGAAGGGAGGGAGGGCAGAGGCGGCCUCUCGCCAGGGACAGGCUCUGUGCCCGUCCUGCCAGGCGCCGGCCCAGGGCCCAGCAUGCACUGGUUCGGGGAAUGCCUGUCAGACUGAGUGGGGAAAGGGAGCGCGGGCCUUCCUGAGGCCCGAGCCCAUCAGUCCUGGAACAGCCGGGGGCCUGUGAAAGGUACUAGAAGCCGUAGGCCUGGCUCUUUCAGCCUCAGCAUGUUGACAUUUGGGGCCAGGUGAUUCCUUACGGUGGUGUCUGUGCUGUGUUUAGCAGCAGCACGUCCCCAUCCCCCACCCCGCCUGGGACAACCAAGCAUGUCUCCAGAGAAUGGUGAAUGGCCCGCGGGGGGCAGCACAGCCCCUGGGUGAGAACCGCUGCAGACCCGCGUGCUCGAGCUUCAGUCAGGUUCCGAGCUCAGUUUCUUGGCCACACUCAGGUGCUGAGUGGCCACGGCAGGGGACAGCGCAGCCAGAGGACACUUCCGCACCACAGAGAGUUCAGCCGGACAGAGCUGGUCUGUACCGACUCAGGUUUGCUUCUCAGGGAGACCACAGAAACUCAAAUAAAGCAAAUACUCUGUC